AUGCUGAAGAUGCUCGCCCGGGCGCCGUUGGGGUGGGCCCCAGGGCCCCAGCGCCUCGUGCCUCCCACACCCUGCGCCGCGCGCCACUGCCUGCGGCGCCAGGCGCUGCGGCUGCGCCAGUCGUGCCUGCUCGCCCCCUGCGCCGCCGCAGCUCUGCAGCGCACCGAGCAGGCUGGUGGCGGUGAUGGCGGCGGUAGUGGCACACCCAAACGCCCCCACAGCAGCGGCGGAGACGACAACGCGCCGGACCCCUUCAACCUGGGGAGGACCACGGUGCGAGCGUUCGCCGACAACUUUCUGCGCCUGGGUGGCGGUGCCUGGCUGCUGCUUCAGAUCACCAAGACGUGGGUUGACCUCAGCCACUUGCUGGCGAGGACGGCGGGCCUGGACCAGGCCACAGCGCCGCUGCGGGACGAACUCAAGGCUUCUUCGUCGCAGCUGCGGGCCGACAUCGCGGCGUCUUCGACGCAGCUGCGGGCCGACAUGGCGGCAUAUUCAACGCAGCUGCGGGCCGACAUGGCGGCGUCUUCGACGCAGCUGCGGGCCGACAUGACGGUGCUUGGCAACAAGGUGGAGAGGCUCCAAGUGGUGGUGGUGGGCGUGGCGGUGUUGGGCGCCUGGCUGGGCCGCAAGCCGGGCGCUGGGCGCGGCGCUAAAUAG